CUUAGCUGAAACAGUUUACGACAAGCAAGCAAACUGUUAACAACUCAGUGCGUUCCCAGCUCGAAGUAUUUUUUUUUGUGAAUUUAGUCACGACGAGUGCGCUUAGCGACGCAAAGAAGACCAUAUUCAAAGUGAACAAAACCCAAGCGAAACAAAACAUAAAUAAAGAUGUCUGAUCGCAAAGCUGUCAUUAAGAAUGCUGAUAUGAGCGAGGAGAUGCAGCAGGAUGCUGUCGACUGCGCGACACAGGCCCUCGAGAAGUACAACAUCGAGAAGGAUAUUGCGGCUUAUAUCAAGAAGGAAUUCGACAAGAAAUACAAUCCAACAUGGCAUUGCAUUGUCGGCCGCAAUUUUGGAUCGUAUGUGACACACGAGACGCGCCAUUUCAUAUAUUUCUAUUUGGGCCAGGUGGCCAUUUUAUUGUUUAAGAGCGGUUAAAGUAUUGUCGAGUCGGAUGAAGUGGUGGUCAGGAGGCUGGAGGAGCAACAGCAGCAGCAGCAGCAGCGACAACAACAACAACAUUUAGAUGUAGCAGCAACUGCUGCUGCUGCUGCUACUGCUACUGCUACUGCUACUGCUACUGCAGCAGCAGCAGCACAACAACAACAGCUGCAGCAGCAGCAGCAGCAACAGGGACAGCAAAUAGAUGUGCAGAUGGAAGUGGAACUGGAGGAGGGCCAGGGGGAUGAGCUGGAGGAGGAGACGACAACAACUACAACAAGAACAACAUCAACAGCAACAACAACAGCUGAUCGCGAUGUGGAGUUAAUGGAAC